CGACAACAUGCAACUCGUCAAGACGAUCCGCGGUGUCGGCAAUCUUCUCCGCGUUACGCCACUUCGGUCGAUUUCCUCAGUGGCGCAAGGACCAGAGACUGUAAAAGUACGACGGCGAAGUCUCGUCGAUGUGACCGUGGAGAGCCUUGACGACCAUGGCAAUGGCGUUGGCCGUGACAUCGUGUCGAAUGCGAUUUGCACAGUCGUUGGCGGCAUUCCCGGGCAACGUUGGAAAGGACGCGUGGUCAACGAUCGAUGCUCGCCUGUACGAGUUGUUGGCAUGGAGCUGUUGGCACAAAGCGAUCGCUUCGUGGAGCCGCUGUGUCCGUACUUUGACGACUGUGGUGGAUGCAAGACGCAGCAUGUUCCGUACGAUCAGCAGGUGGCGGCCAAGCAAUUGUCUGUCGAGCGACUGCUGCAUCCGAUUCCAACUGCGUCGGUCAACCACGCGAAAUACUUGUUUCAUUAUCGCAAUAAAACGGAAUUUACCGUGAGCUCCGGCCGUUGGCGCACCAAGCAUGACAAGAAGGACCUGAACGAGAGCCACGCGUUCACGAUUGGAUUCUUUCCCAAGUCCACGGGGACUUCCCGCAAGUGGGACGGCCGCGUCGUGUCCAUCCACUCAUGCAUGCUACAUGACAACAUUGCUAACCGCAUCCUUCAAGCGGUUACGACUGUCGUGGAGAGCCUCGGGGACCAAAUCGCCGCGUACGAUCAUCUUCGCCACGAAGGGGAGCUUCGAAACCUCAUGGUGCGAGUCGGAACGGCAUCGAACGGAUCGAAGGAAGUCAUGAUCGGAUUCAAUACCGCAACGCUCUCGUCGGGCAUCGGGCAUCUGGUUUUGCCCGCUCUGCUCGCUGCUCUAUCUCCUGACGACGCGGCUUUGGUCAAGUCCAUCGUGCAGUACGUCGACCCGGAAAUGCAGCGGCGCCAUCGACAGACCGAGUCCCUCCGCGUGCUCCAUGGCACGUCGUACAUUCAUGACACGAUCCUCAACUCGACGUUUCGCAUCUCGCUGCACUCGUUUUUCCAGCCCAACACGGCCAUGGCGUCGGUCUUGUACGCUCACUUGGUCGAGUUCGUCGCCACGUACUCGCCAACUCCCCCCGUCGUGUGGGAUUUGUUUUGCGGCGUUGGCUCGAUCGGGAUCUGCCUUGCCCCCCACGCCCGUCAUGUCGUCGGAAUUGAAAUCGUCCCGGAAGCUGUCGUCGACGCAGCUCAGAACGCCGCGGACAACGGGGUCCACGACAAAACCACGUAUGUCUGCGCCGAUGUGCUCAAGGCAGAGAGCCAAGAUCUGCUGGCGUCCCUGCCCCAUCCCGACAUCGUUGUCGUCGAUCCGCCUCGUCCUGGACUGUCCAAGCCCCUCAUUUCGUACCUCUGCGAUGUGAUCCAGCCUCGCGCUAUUGUGUACGUGUCAUGUAAUCCAUCGACCCAAGCGCGGGACCUCCAAGAGAUGCUGGUCAAGUACGACGUGAACGGGUCACAACCAGUGGACAUGCUGCCCCACACGCCGCACGUCGAGAACAUCGUAUACCUCGAGCGGCGCCAAACGUCCUCGUAAUAUC